UAUUUUAAGCUUCACAUGCCAACAGUUCUGCUGCAGAAGUAAUUGUGGAUAGCAGAUCGUAACAACAGCUACAUAGAGACAAUAGAAAUGGAUUCCAAAACUUCAAGACCAACACCUGGAUGCCCAGCACCUGAAGACACUCCUUCAGGACUGGCCAUUUUUAAAACAAUACCAUAUGCCUUAAUCUUGCCAGAGCUGAUCUUUGGUUGCUGGGUCUGGAUCCUUGUAGCAGCUACCAAUGUGUAUUUCCCUUUGCUGCAAGGAUGGGUCAUGUACGUCUCGGUCAGCUCCUUUGUCAUCUCCUUCCUGCUCCUCCUGAGUUAUCUGUUUGGCUUCCAUAAAAACGUUGAAUCCUGGAAAAUUCUGGAUAGUCUUUACCAUGGAGCCACAGCCAUUUUUUACCUGAGCGCUGCUGUGUUGCAGGCAAAUGCAACAAUCCAUUCAGAGACUGAAGUGCCAAAAGUACAUAUCCCUCGCUACUAUCAGCUCAAUGUUGCAGCCACGUUCUUUGCCUUUAUCACUACACUGCUGUAUAUUUUGCACGCCUUCAGCAACUACUACCACUGAAAUGACAUGAGCUGGAGUUUGUAUACCCAGACAAACAGUUAACAUUUAAGAAGAUAAUUCAGUUGCAACUGAAUUCACCCAUCAGCUGGGGCCAUCGCACACGUGUUUGUUAAAACCUGUAUUUUAGCAUGCUACUGAGUUCUGUAUGUAAAACUACUCCAAUUAUUGUAAUGUGAUUCCUGAUUUCUCAUGCCUGUAAUUAUCCCAAAUCAUUAUUUUUUCCCCCUCAGAUCAAAGCCUCCAUAAAUAAUGUACAUAAAAUAGGGGGGAUUUUUGAACUUUCUGUCUUCAGUGAACUAUCUUCACAUUUCCUCUUCUGUGAAGGAAUUCUUGUUGGUUUGCUAUGGAAUCUUGCACAUAGUCGAAGAUUCUGGGUCAUAUUCUGAGGUGGUCAGUUUCUGGUUGACACGAACCAUAAAUGAAAUAGUGUAUAGCAGUGUUUCUCAACAUCAAAGUUGAAGUCCACACAAUCUUCAAGCUGCCAAGACUGAGAAACACUGCUGUAUAGUAUAUAUUAUAAUGCUACAUGACUCAGUGUGUGUGUCUUAAAAUUCAUCAUCCAAUCUCUUGCAAGUCACAGGAAAGGUUGUGUAGUGGUUGGCAACCCUGGAAAUUGUGUCUGUUUUCUAAUUGAUAAAGCUUCCAGAGAAUUUCGGAUUCCUCUGCAACACUGCUUGAAAACUAUUUCCCAUUUGGAUGCAACAAAUUAAUAUUUAGGCUACAGCAAAUAAUCUGUUGCCUCCAAAUGGCCUGGGGAAUAAUUACCAAGAUGUCUGGGAAGAGAAAUUCACACACAUUAUGGUAGCUGUGAUAUAAAUUAUUUUUAUCUCAUUAACUUUAUGUGUGAUUUCUAUCUUAAGUAAGUACGAAGCUAAAAUGGCAACAUAAUACAAAAUACCAUCUGUUUACCUACCUGCGUGUGCGUUCGCAUGCGCGCACACACACACACACACACACACACAGCAAGAUUCCUCCUGUGAACUGAAGAACACUCAUCUUGUCCUGAUGUUAACUAUGCUGUGCAAAUAGUAUCCCUUUUGGUAAUGUUGAUAUAUGUAAAAGUAUUCUGCUCUUUGUUAUUACAGUAUAUUGAAUGUUUGUUUUGAUGUAGAAACAUGAAGUAACUUAUUGGUAAACUUGUGUUUUUUAGUUCUGUUUUAUAACUGAUGUUUCAGUUAACUAUCUUUUGCCAAUGAAUAUAACUGACUUUCUCCCUUUGCUCAA